AUGUGCGUGACCACACCUCUCUCAGAUUCGGCCACCAAGCAAUCCACGUCCUCUCGGCCUGAUGGAGUCCCUUCGUCCCCCAUCAAGAACAAUCCAGGUAAUCGUCUGGCUUCUCACUUGGCCCAUCCCAUUCCUGCAUCGCCUCCCUUCCAAAACAGAGUGGUGCAUAGGUCUGGUCAUCCCUCUCCUGCCACUCGUGGUCAGGUAUUGCCAACUUCUCUCACCUCCAGGCAUCUUGUCACUCCCACUAUCCGCCGCUCUAUCGCCUCCAUGAAGAUCGCCCGUGUCCCUCCAAGCAAAUCAAGUUCACAGAAGCCUCGUGUGGUGAAGAAAUCGCACAAGAACAAGAGUACCAAGGAUCCUUGGAACCCUGAUGUUCUUCCUCAACGCCGACUAGUGCCAAAGUCCAAGUCGGAAGGGUUCGAAGUAACGCGAGAGUCCGUUCUCAGAGAUUGCCUCCUGAUGAAAAAACCGGUCGCCGUGGCUUCUGCAGUUCCUGAAGCUCGUCUUGCAAAGGCGCCGAGAACCAAAGCUAAGAUGACACCUAUCCAGUUGGAACAAUUGAAACAGAGGGAGGCCCAAAAGCACAAGGAUCAGAUGGUCCUGGAGGAAUGCAAGCGAUUGCGCAGCGUCGCUGCACCGUAUGCUUCCGCACCUCCAAAGCCAUCGCCGUGCCCAACCGAAGCACCCACCAGACUCGUUCGAGGAGGGGGUGACGUUGUGAUGACCGAGGCAACAAGAAACGUCCCGAGUUUGCUCCCCAAGAAGACGCCGCCAGUCAACAUGUUGGCGUUGACAAUGUCGGAUCCUCUUGCACACGCGAAUCCAAAUCAAGCGCAGCAGAUCGCCUCGUGGAAAGAGCGUUUGGAAGCUUCUAUCCGACAGCUCGAAGAGACAAAGAUCCAGCAUCAGCAACUGGAAGUCUCUAUCCGAGAACUGGAAAAAGCCAAGAUUGAGCAUCAGCAGCUGGAAGCCUCUAUCCGCAUCCUUGAACAGGCAAAGCUUGAUCAUCAGCUUUCACGAAGAAACUCCGUCGUUGCUGCGCCCACCACGGCAACGGCAAUCUCUGUUGCCAACGCUGUACAGCCUGUUCUCCGAGUAAGCACCCCUCCUCCCAACAAUGCUGGGAUCCAAGCCGUCUUGGCUUCUCUGUUGCCUCGUCCUGUUGUUUCACCGCCAACACCACCAAGACCCACAGUUGUACUACAGGCCGCAGCGGCAUCGCCACCAGCAGUCUCGGACGAAGUUGCCAAAGCAUUCCUGACUAUCUUACUCCAACAAGCGCUCUCGCCGGCGCCUUCUGCGGCUCCAGCUGCGGCGGCCAGUGCAAUUCGUACGACCAAUGCUGGCCGUACCAUCCAGGCCGACGCCGACAAACAGGAAAAGGCAAGUACGCAAGCUCGGCUAAAGGCCGCUCUCUACUCUCGUGAUCGUUAA